AUGAAUUAUUAUUAUUAUUUUAAUUUUGAUCAUCAUGAUAUUAAUAAUCCAGAUAUAAGUGAAAGGUUCAUCCCAAAAACUAUAAAUAAACAAGUUUUAAAAGCCUCACCGGAUAUAAAGCAUUUGGAUUUAAAUACACAAUAUCAAUUAGAACUGCCAAUAAGCCAUCACAAUUUUGAAAGCUUAAAUGAGAUUUUAUCCAAUGAAUCUGUUAAGUCGAGAAUCCAAGUUUUUGCUCAACAAUACACAGACAAAGUUGCUGCUUUAACAUCGGCACUGAAAAAUGUUAAUAAUGAAAAAUUUCCCAAAAAUUCCAUAAUUAAACAACCAUAUAAAGAACAGAUAGCUGAAGCUCUACACUUUCAUGCAUCACAACCAUUCUAUAAUUAUGAGUUAAGAUAUACGAUAGAAAAAUUAUCUUCAAUGUCAACAGAAGAAAUCAUAAAACAACAAAAGCUAAAUAUCACCAACCCAUAUUUUAUCAAUGCUACAUUUGAAAUCAAUAACUUAAAACUAUCAACUGAAAAACAAGUUUACUAUAUAUUUUCCAAUUAUUUUAAAAAAGAUAUUCAAAAUAAUACUUUUAUCACUUCAAAUAGUUAUGAUGAUUAUGGUACAAAAAUAUUUUCUAAAAAAUUGCUACCUUAUAGAGUUCUAGAUGCACCAUCAUUAAAGAAUGAUUUUUAUUCUAAUUUAAUUUCUUGGUCCAAAAAAAGCAAUAACAUAGCAGUUGGGCUAGGUCAUGCCAUAUAUUUGUGGUCUGAAGGUUCAGGUGCAUACUUACUGUUAAGCUCAACGUAUCUAGAAAAAUAUUCAGAUUAUGUCACCUGUGUUUCAUUUUCUCCAAAAGAAGAUUACCUUAUAGUGGGUACUAAGCUGGGCAGAUUAUUACUUUUAAACCAAUAUAGAAAAGAUGACGAAAUUGGACUUGAAAGAAAUAAGCACCAAUUAUUAAGCGCAGAACUAAAACUUACAUUAAAUAAAGGGAUUUGUUGUAUAUCUUGGUUUCAAAAAGAUACUGCUGCCAACAAAUUUUUCUGUGGGGAUGAAAGCGGUGAAGUUCACUGCAUUGAAGUCAAUAGGAUAGCAAAAACUGUAACGGUUCCCAAAGACGAAUUAGAUAUCAUUAGUGAAGUUAUUGAAAAAAUAAGUUCUAAUGAAAGUGUUGGAGGGGUAAAGAUGGAAAAAUCAAGAAAACAAUAUGAAAGUGUAACAAAUCCCGAUGUACUGGGAAAUCAUCUAUAUAAAAACAAAAAAAAGGAAAGUGACAGAGAAUACGGCUUCAAAACAAAGACUGUCUACUUUUAUGAAUUAAAGAAAUUGGUUAAGUUUAAAUGCCAAACUCAACAAGUCUGUGGUAUUGAUCUAAAAGAAGGUGCCAGUGCCAACAAUAAAUCUUAUAUUGCAGUAGGCGGCAAUGAUAACUCUUGUACUCUUUGGAAUAUAACGGACUUGAAAAGCCCACAAUUAAUGUUUUAUUUGCCUCACAAGGCUGCAGUUAAAGCCAUUUCCUUUUGCCCAUGGGCUUCGUCAUUAUUAGCUACUGGCGGUGGCUCAAAAGAUAGAACCAUAAGAUUUUGGCAUUCUGAAACGGGGACUUUAUUAAGAGAAAUACAUACAGAAGGACAAAUAACCUCAUUGAUUUGGUCAACAAGGAAAAAGCAGAUUUUGGCUACGUUUGGCUUCGGAAAUGUAGACGAUCCACUUCUAAUUCAAUGUUUUUCGUAUCCAAAAAUGAAUAUUGUUUCAGAAGUAAAAGUUGCAUUUAAUUUAAGAGUUUUAAGCGCUGUGGCAUCACCAGACGUUUCAUCAAUAUGUAUUGCCACCAAUGACGAAACAGUACGGUUUUAUAACCUUUGGAACCCAACAGAAAGUGUAGUUAAAAAUUCUCAAGAAAGUGGUAUUUACGGUAGUUCAAUUAUAGAACACAAAGAAGGAAUCCAAAAGUUCACCGAAUUAAUAAGAUAA